AUGUCAUCAGAGGAAGAUGACGCCUGCUCUGAUGUCCCCAUUAUCUUCAACAAUGGGUCAGAGUCAGGUAGUGACUACUCAGAGACUGAUGAUUCAGGGGAUGAACUACAGAACAUCUUAGAUGGUGACCAGGCCUAUGAUAAUGAGGUGUUGUAUCCUCCAGAACACUACCAUGCAGAGGCCAGCCAACUGGAUUCCAAAGACACUGAAGAGGCUAGAGGAGGCAAGGAGCUAUUGAGAUUGAAAUUGAUCAAAUUUCACAGUGUUUCCCUGGAUAGAUAUUGUUGGUUUCAGCGCCGGGAUCCAGCCGGCUGCUUUCACUCAUUGGCCACAGCAGAGGAAAUUGUCCAGUACCUCAAGGGGCUUUUCAGCUGGCGCUGUGACCUACGGCGGGGCAAGAAUGGACGACGGACACCUGGCAUCCGAUAUAAGAGUUCACUAGAGACAUUCUGGAAAUGCUGGCAUCUUGUGUAUAAGCAAGAAACCGGGAAUGGCCUCACUCAAGAAACCAUCAGACAGAUUGAAGAUGUUCUCAGCAUCAUUGCAGAAGAAAAGAAGCUUCUCCUCAUUCACCAACCAAUGACAUUCCUUGGGAAAAAAGAACUGAAUACAUUCCUGAUCCCUGAGAUUAUAUAUGAUCCGACUUUGGUCCUAAGCCCCCAUGUCUUUCUCCUCAGUAUGUUGUUCCGGCUCAAGGCAUUCAGAAGCAUAUGCAAAGACCAACCGACUAUCAACUGCCCUGAGAACCUUUACAGCCUAGGCAUUCUAAAAGGGCUAAAUCAACAGGAUCUAAAAUUAAAGGAUGAGCUCCUGGAUCAAUUUGUGUUCUGCCAGGCAGUCCAGGAAGCACAUGGAGUUCGCAUAGCCUUGGAAAAAUGGUUAACAGCAGCGAGCGUCCGCUAUCGCAUGAAGCGAGCAGGUGAGAUCACAGGUUUUGAGCAGGUUACAAAGCUGUACUCGGAUGUGACCAAUGAGCUCCAGAAUGUGAUGUUGCAGCACAGUAACAUCAACACCUUUGUGCAGCACUAUAGUGUUGGCAUACAUGUCGACGCCCAAGCGAUUGUCCGCGGCCUCACUCCUCAAACGAAGCUGAUGCGUUUUGCUUGCUCAAUGAGCUGGUCAAUCGAUCCUCAGCGUCCCUUCAAGCUGACGAAGGAACAGUCUGAUUCCGUCAAUGAAUUAGACUGCAUACAUGUGCUACAGGACAAGGUUAACAAGCGGUGGAAGUCUCGGGACCAGCACUGCUAUGAAUAUGAAGAGGCCAAACAACAAUUCGAACAGGCUCUCAUCGACACAAAAGAUGAUAUACCAUGUCAGAAAUGUAGCAGUGAGUACAACAGAUCUCUCAAUACCAAUCUAAAAUGCCAGAAUCGUCGAUGUACCUACUGUAAAUUGAGGAAACAUUGUAAACAAGCAGAAGUGCAGCACAAACAUGCAGGUCAAGCUUAUCAACAUACUCUCUGGGAAUUGCAGAGUGAGAAACAGCAACAAUGCAAUUGUAUGGUGCAGGAAAACCUUGAACAGUACAAGAACAAUCAACCGGUGAUCGAUAGUCAAAGGCAACUUUCAGGCAAGAUGGUGGAUGAAGAGGUGAUCGAUGUACUACAGCGGUCAGGGUAUAUGACACCGCAGCACCUUAUCCUGAUUGACACAGUCCUCACUAGACCAGCGCCCACGGUUGAGGCCGAGUACCGGCGGCAAAUAGCUGCUAUCAACACGGUGACAGCAUUCUGCAAUGUAGAAGAGGGUGCCCCUUCUCAGAGGACAAUCUGCCUACUGAAAAAGCGAGUCGCUCCAGAUGUAGCUUCUUCCAUGCACAGUAAGAAACAGAAGCACUCCCUGGAAGAUGAAACUGCUGUCGCUCUCCGCGAAGCUAUCACAUCAGUGCAAGUAGAUUCACCGGAUCAACGGCCGGAGAUCUGUUUCCUCUGUGUUGGAAAUCCUAACCUCCAGCUAGCCAAGAGGACCAAGAAGUACCAUGACCCAGGGUCUCUAACUAGGCAUUUUCGGCGAAAGCAUGUUGACCGCCUUGGGUCAGGGUUCCGAGGUUCUAAGUGCAAGGAAAAUAAGAUGCAUCUUAUGAAUCAUGCAGAGUCUAAGCAUGGUCCUGUUUCGCGGACGCCCCUGUAAUUUCUAUAUAUAUAAUUCCCCAUUUGAAGUCUAUUAAAGCUAUUAAUAUAACGCAGAUUAGAUCUUUCGUGCAGUCUAUAGCUUGCAACCUAACCAUGUUUCUCCUGUUGGCUUGGCCGUUUCUGGUAUUGCAAUAAAGUUGCAGCGUGGCUCGAGCCGUGGUGAAUAUGUCAAAUCAUUGCAUUUCCUUUGCCCCUGCUAACUCCUCAC